UCGCCAGGGAGACCGAGCAACAGGCCCGGGAGACCGAGCAACAGGCUCGGCCCGGCACGGGGGUUGUGUCUGUCCGGGGGCCGUGUCCGGGCGUCGAGUCCGAGGACUCUGCCCCGGGAUCUGCGUCCGUCCGGGGUCUCUUUCCCCGGUCUGUAUCCGUCUGGGAGCUCUGUCCGAGGAGCUCCACAAAACGAGCUGGUGGCACAUUUAAACUUCUGAGAGUGUGACAACACACCACAACUUGUGGCAGCGGCGUGGUGAGGAUUGCUGGAAAAAUUCAGGUUUCCUGAAUGGCAAACCAGGUUUAUGUUAAGACAUGGUGACGGACUUUGAUGAAAAACAUGACGAGUAUUUAAUAUCCCUCCAGCAGAGAAACCGGCUGCAGGAACGGUUAAAAAGAAAAGAUCCUGUGCAAACCAGACUGGAGCAGCUGGAAAAAGGAUUUUCUCUGUAUGUGAAUGGAGCUAACUCUGAGCUGAGAAAGUACCGCAGGAAAAUCACCCCACACCUGAGAAACAGAUCCAAAGCCACCAGGACAAAGGAAGCAGCCCAGCUAGAAGAGAGUGGGCUGCCAGAACACAGCACUCAGACUGCCCCAAGCAAGAUACAGCGCAGGAACUGGCUUCAGGAAACUGUGGCAAUUAAAACAGAAGGAGGAGGUAAACUGUACAUUAAACCAUCUCUGGUGUACUCUGAUGAUUUUGAGCCUUAUGAAAGCUUGGCUGUGGAGAGCAGCAGUGAUGAUGAUGAUGGUCCUCUCUCCCAGCAGGAAUUGAGCAGCAGCUUGCAGCGCAGCAUGGACGAGAAGAGGAUGGAAGAAGACUCCCUUAGUGAUGAUUAUGACUCUGUUGAAGAGGAUGUGUUUUCAGAACCAUCUCCCACUGAGGAAGCAAUUACAGGCUUCGAAGGCCUUCAGUUGGAUAGCAGUGGGGCACUGCAGAAGGAAGGCUCUGAGCCUCAGGAUUCUGGGAGAUGCUCUAGCCUUGAUUCCGGUGCCUCGACUGUGUUGAACCAGGAUCAAAGCAAAGUGAAGCCAGUGCAAGUUCUCUCAGCCAAAAGAAAGGACAGUGCUGAAGUGUACAUUCCUGUCAAACCAGUCAUGCUGGAAAAUAAAGGCACUCAGCCGCUCUCUGCUGAGUUCUUGCACCACGACAGACAUGAAACAAUUUGUUCUAAGCCUGUAAGUCGGCCAGAAACAUCCCUUUCAGUAACCAGGAAGAGUGUGUGUGAGAAGGAUCCUGACCUCUCUGUUUCAGCUGUUGUUCAAGCAGUGCAGAGUGAGAAUCAAUUCUUGCAGGGAGAUAUGCAAAAGCAAGCAGUUGACACAACCUCCCAAAAGGAGACAUUUUCUGUUUCACCUAUUCUUUCUGCAAAGACUGAACCUCCAGAAAAACGCCAGACAAGGACUACAGUCACCAAAGCUGUGGAGAGAUUCUGCCCUUUUGGAAGCAGACAAAAGAAGAGACUCCUGAAAAGCUUCACGGAGCGUCGGAGUCAUUCUGCCUGUGACAGUGACAGAUCCCUGGCUGGUGGCAAAGCUGGAGUAGGUUCCAUGUGGAGAGACAAGAUGCCAGCCAGUGUGGAAGUACAUGAUGCCACUUAUGUGACUAUGGAACUUCUUUCCAACUGGGGGAACCCAGCAAACGUGGGCCUGAGCCAGGUGGAAUUCUUUGAUUUACACGACAAGAGGAUCUUUGUGUCUCCUCAUGACGUGGACAUUCGAAAUGCUGACAACUCAGGGGAUUUGUGCUGCCUGGUCAAUAAGAACUUAAAUCUCCCCAAGGACAGCUGCCUUUGGAUGUGCCCUUUCCACCCACCCGUCCAACUUUACUUUGUUAUCCGCAAUCCCACCCGCUCACGUGACUUUGGUAUAUCCAAGAUCAAGAUUUGGAAUUACAACACAACAACUCCCAGUGACCUGGAUAUUGGAGCAAAGAAGGUGAAGUUGUAUGUUGAUGAGAACCUUGUAUUUGAUGGUCAAUUAGAGAGAGGCUCUGGAAGUCUCCUUGCUGACCAGAACACUACAAUUGACCUUAGAGAUCACAAGCAAGAUACCUCAGCAUCUCCCUCAGCUGAGAGGAAAGAAGGAAAUGCACCUGCAGGCCCAGACAAGAAAACAGACCUGCAUUUUAAAUGCUCAGAAUUGAGCAGUGCUUCACUGAACUGGAAAGCUCUGCUAGAAGGAAAUCUAGAGCCUCAGAUGAACUCAAUCAGCUUCACAAAGAAAAAUUUGUCUCAGUUAGAGGAUGAUCUAAAAGAGUUCCCAUCUCAAGUUUGUACAAAAGAUGCCAAAGAGGAGGCAGCAGCAGUUCCAGAGAACGUUCUGUCUGAUGAUGAGCUUUGUUUGAGUGAGCAAAUGGAAAAGUUAACAGGAAGAAAACUGACUGCUUCUGCAGGUGCACUUCCUUCUUGGUUACAGUCCUCUUCCCAGCUAACACAGAAUGAUCAAGUUGCUCCCAGUAGGCAGAAGCCUCCAUGGCUUGCUACAGAAGAGAAUUCCAACUCAAGAUUGCAAACACAGCCAGAUGAAAUCAUGAACAACUUCUCAGAUCUGAAAAAUGAGGAUGUCAAAUGUCAGAGGCAUGAACUGGGAGGACCCAAUAAUAGAAAUGCAACUGGAGAUGGGAGAUCACAAAUGCUUACCAAAAAGGAUGCUGAUGUGGACUUGGACAUUUUUGGCGACCUUUCUAACAAAAACUGCUGCAGUUUACAGUACCCUGUGAGUGGAAGGAGAAGUGUCAUAUCUGGUAAAAAGCUGGGAUUAAACGCAAAAAAUCUUGGAGAAGAUGAUUCUGCUCUCAAAGAUGAAGACUUUCCCAUCAAGGACGUAGCAACCUCUAGAAUGAAGUGGUGCAGUGAGCAAGAACACACUCUGCAGGAGUCCUGGAACUCCUUGGUGAAAUUUAAUUAUUCCCACCGUGGCCGGAUCUCGAACAUGGAUUUUCAAGGGGAUAUCUUUGAUGAAUUUCUCCAUCAACAGAAAAUCAGCCGGCCUGGAGAACAUCAGAGAAAAGAGGGACUGCAAACACUACCAAAGAGGCAAGAGGAAGAAAAUUCUGUGGACAUAGAGGAUGGCAGUGAUUUUAAAAUCCCUGUUUUACCUUGUGGGCAGCACUUGGUGAUAGACAUCCGAACAACGUGGGGAGACAGACAUUAUGUUGGUCUGAAUGGAAUUGAAGUUUUCAGUUCUAAAGGAGAGCCUGUUCAGAUUGCAAAAAUAACAGCUGAACCUCCUGAUAUAAAUAUUUUACCAGCUUAUGGAAAUGAUCCCAGGGUAGUAACCAACCUGAUAGAUGGGGUGAAUCGGACCCAGGAUGAUAUGCACCUGUGGCUGGCACCAUUCACCCCUGGAAAACCUCACUUUGUCUUCAUUGACUUUGUGAAUUCCUGUCAGGUAGCAAUGAUUAGGAUCUGGAAUUACAACAAAUCCCGAAUCCACUCCUUCCGAGGUGUGAAAGACAUUAUCAUGGUGUUGGAUGAGCAAUGCAUCUUUAAAGGAGAGAUUGCCAAAGCCUCAGGAACCUUGUCUGGAGCUCCAGAGCACUUUGGGGAUACCAUAUUGUUCACUACUGAUGAUGAUAUUCUUGAAGCCAUUUACUGCUAUGAUGAAACAUAUGAUGGAGAAAUGAGAGAUUCCAACUCCCUGAGAUAUGAGGAAGAGCUGAAGAGGCCAACAACUGCAGACAGGGAAGGAGAUGAGAGACCUUUUACACAAGCAGGGUUGAGAACAGGGAAUCAACAGGUUCAACAGCCAGACUCUGUCUCUGAAUGCAUACCAAAGGAAACAGGAAUAUUUACUGGAAAAUGCCUGCAACUGAACUUUACCAUGACCUGGGGAGACUGUCAUUACCUGGGACUGACAGGACUUGAAGUGAUAGGAAAGGAUGGGCAAGCAUUAAAAAUCAAUGCAGAACAGAUUUCUGCUUCACCCCGAGACUUAAAUGUUCUUCCAGAGUACACAGGAGAUUCCAGAACGUUAGAAAAGUUAAUAGAUGGGACUAAUAUCACAGUGGAGGAUGACCAUAUGUGGCUCAUUCCCUUCUCUUUUGGAGAAGAUCAUCUGCUCACAAUCCAUUUUGAUAAAACUGAAAGUAUUGCAGGGCUCCGCUUUUGGAACUAUAAUAAAUCUCCAGAGGAUACCUACAGAGGGGCUAAGGUGGUACAUGUGAUUCUGGAUGGGCACAGCAUCUCCCCCCAGGAGGGUUUCCUUAUCCGCAAGGGACCAGGCAACUGCCACUUUGACUUUGCUCAAGAAAUUCUCUUUCUUGACUAUCUACGGCCCCAACCAAUUCCUAAAGUACACAGGAGGACUGCUUCGAGGAUACUGGAACAAGCCAGUAUGGAUUAUGAAGCACCAUUAAUGCCCUGUGGUUUUAUUUUCCAGUUCCAGCUCCUGACGAGUUGGGGUGAUCCCUACUACAUUGGUCUGAAUGGGCUGGAGUUGUUCAAUGAACAUGGAGAGCAAAUCCUACUGACUGAAAACAAUAUUGCUGCUUUUCCAGAUAGUGUCAACAUUUUAGAAGAUGUAUCUGGAGACAUCCGGACUCCAGACAAACUGAUUGACAGAGUGAAUGACACCACUGAUGGCAGGCACAUGUGGCUGGCACCAGUUCUUCCUGGUUUGGUGAAUAGGGUGUAUGUCAUUUUUGAUGUACCUACUACCGUGUCAAUGAUCAAGUUAUGGAAUUAUGCCAAGACACCUCAGAGAGGUGUGAAGGAGUUUGGUCUCCUGGUUGAUGAUUUGCUGGUGUACAAUGGGAUUCUGGACAUGGUGACCCAUGUGGUGUCAGGCAUCCUCCCCACGUGUGACCCCGAGGUGCCCUACCACACCAUCCUCUUCACAGAUGAUGAGAGGAUUUGCCACCAGGAGAGGAGAACUGUUAUCAGCAAUCACGUGGAGGAUCAGGAUGUACGAAUGAUGAAUGAAAAUGAGAUUGUCACCAGCAGCAAAAAGAAACGAGUUGUGGCUGAUCCGGCUCUGCGCCCCAAAACCUGCAUCAGUGAGAAAGGAUUGCAGAGGAGGAAAAGAUAACAAGGAAAGUCCUGAAUGGAUCCAGCCCUAAGUAACUGCAAUCCAGAUCUCCAAAAUAUGCAUAUCCAAAUGGAAGAUUUUCCAUGUCUGCUGCUGCUGAACCACCUCCUCUUGUUUUAUUUGCUACAGGAAAUUUUCUUCAGAAUGAAAUCUAAAGCAUGAAUUCAGUAUCCUGGGGGAUUUUUUGCUCAUGAUCUGUCCGAAUUUUCCCCCCUUAUCUCUUAAUUAAAAAUCCAGGGAAGAAGGAACAUAAUGAGAGAGUGGGAACCUUUCUCCUGACAACUGUUCUGCCAAGUACUGAGAACCUGGGUUAAGCAGGAUUGUCCAUAGUUUUUUUAGAUUAUUUCUAAAGCUUUUAUUCCUAAAUCCUAGCUGGAUGAUCAUGAAGAUCCUCACUAGAAGGAGGUGUUGCUUUAUCUCUGAUGCCUGUAAAUAGUUCUCUGGGAAAUGCACUUGUUAGAGAAAAUACUCUUUAGCUGUCUGUCUCUGGGCAUGUUUGGAUGCCAGGGCUGUCUGUAGGAGCUGCCACUGUUUCUGACACCCAGACAGGUUCCACUGGGCUUGCAGAAAUGUGAUGGAUGCCUUUAGGAAGUGGAGAUCAGGAAGUGGCUUUAUCAAGGUUUAAUAAGUGCAUUUCAGCUGUCACCUUUUCAUGUUUUGCAGUGAAAUAAUUAUUUCUCUCAUCAUUUCACUACCAUGGAAAAAGCAAGUGAGGUGUUUUGCCUGGAGUGCCAUUGACAGGUACUCUGCACAUCCUUCAGAGUCCUCCUGCUACAGAGCAAUGUUUUUUCCUCCUAUUUUGCCUGAAUUUAUAUGAAAAAGGAGGCCAUGCCUCUGUGCUGCACUAACCAGAUGUUGCCAGCAACAGAUCAUCACUUCUGAGAAAUGGUAAAUGCCUUUUAAUUAGAUGAAGGUAAGGAGAAAAGUGCAUUUUUAAACAAAAAUACCCUGCACAUGUAGUCAUUUAAAUAAAAACUCUAACCAAAUAAAUAUGCUGCAGAAUUUGCUAUGCAAAUGUACUUUUCCCUGAAAACUUGGUGUUUGUGACAACCUGUAAAUCUCUUCCCUGGAUUCUCAUUUAGAACUUGCUCAUUCCUGUAAUUCUGUGAUUGUUUCCAGAGAGAACUGAGUGCUGAAGUCAGGAUGUGCUUUCACACAUAAACCAGAGAUACUGGUGCAGCUCAGUUUAGAAUCAAACUGUGCUGCUUCCCUUUCUGUCCUGUCAGGAGUGUAAUAUCUUGUAUAUUUGCUUAUUAAAACAUCACUGCUGUUGCCUGAGCUGAAAGGACACAAGAUACCAAUGCAUUUCCCAGGUUUCUGUGUACUGAUGGAGCAAAAGAAUUUAUUUUGUACUAAAUACAAACUACUUUACUUUUAAAUGGAAAAUAGAGUGUGAGUACAUUGUACUUUGUGUAAGGGCUCUACCCAAGCUGCACUGACUAAAGAAUCCUCUUGUUCUGAGAACUCUCCCCUCGUUUGUGUCUGGUGUAAUUACACAAAAACUCAAAUGCUAAUUUUUGCUCCAAAUCAUGUAGCAGGCAACUCCAAAUGAAAAAGAGGAGGGGUAUUGGAAGGGCUCAGAUAUAAAUGUCUGUGUUUGGAAGGGGAGAGGGUGUAGCAAGGUUUUCAAGGUUUAAGGCACAAUCCCAGAUUUGUCAUGUGGGCGAUCUCUAGAUGGGAUGGGGAUUGUCACAUUGUUUGUUCUUCUGAGAAAAUAGCAUUGGCUGUGCAGAGAAAUGAAAUCUGCUGUUUCCUGGCACUGAACAGCAUCUUAUUGAUCUGAAAAUGUAUGAGGGGGAGAGGACUUCCUGUGCUCACCUGUCUUCUCUGUAUCUGUCUGAAGCGUCUCACGUCCUGUGUGGUGGGCUAAUGAUUUUUCAACCCUAAUGCUCCAGGUUUUGGAAAUUAUUGCAAACUUUUUGGUCGAGCUCAGAUGCUUUACAUUUCUCUCUGUGUUUCCCUACCACCAGGUCUUCCUCACCUCGGUGACUGCAGCUAAUUUUCAACCCCUUUUGCCCCUGGUAAAUCUGUAUCCAGUGCAGCUGGUCUGGCAUCUGCCACAGAGUGCAAUAGCUUCAACAUUUACCAUCCUCUCCCAGCAGCCCUUGUAGCCAUUCAGGAGAUUCCCACAACUGCCACAUUGUGGAAAGACCAUAGUCUUGAAAACAUUUUAAAAAGUUGUCAAGUUGUGGAACAUCCUCCCCUGCAGUGUUCUGUGAAAGAAGGGUUUGCCAGGCUGCUGUCUGGGAUGACAAAAACCACCAAGGCACAGCCUAAUGGAGUCCUUGGUUCUAGUCAGUCAUUCUAGAGAGCAGCAUAAUGUUUGGAAAAUACUUCAUUCAUCUCUGUGGGGUAGGAGCUGUCAGUGUUUGCCCUCCUAAUUGGAGCUGAGAUGAAAUGACCCUUUAUAUAACCAAAGAUAAUUAAGAGUCCUAGUCAGCCCUAUACAGUCAAACAUAGACACUUGACUCAUUUCCUCAGUAAAUCAGGGUUAAAAAAAAAAGGUUUAUUCCAUUUUGCAUCUUUUUUUUUCAAACUAACUACUCACAAGUACAUUCAUGUCAGUCUGGCAUUUACAGGAGGGACAAGAGAAAGAGUAAACAAGCAAUCAAGAAAAUCCCCACGGAGCUCUCGAGUCAAUGUCAGGCACAGUUUCAGCAGGAGUAAUUCAGCAAGGAUGUGCCCAGUAACAUCAUCUGACAUUGUCAACAGCACAGCAAAGGAAAAGGAAGGAUUCAUAGGAAGUCUUGCUGAAGAUUUUGAUGUAAAUUAAUAAAGUUUCACCCAGUUUCAAUAUCUUGGCCCUGCAAAGACCUUUAUGCCACAGUUGCUCACCUUUACCUGUUGUGGUUGGAUUUAAAGGGCUUGGAUCAAGAUAACAGAAAUGAAUUUGUUUGUCCCACAGUGACACUGAGAAGGGCAGAGGAUAAAGAAAUAAUCUGGGAGGAAGUACAUGCCAGGCUGCCUACUCUUUGAUCUAGGAAAAGAUAUUUUUGUCAGUCUUCACAGUGUAAUCUGAAAUACUUGGGAAGGCCUGCAACUUUUCAAUUUCUGCCUUUUUGUGCUUUAAUCCAGGAGCAUUUAAGCAGCAGGGAGAGGCACCUGUCCAUGGAUGAGGGAACAAGCAGUGAUGCAGGGUGUAAAGGGCAGCACAGAAGACAUGGAAACUUGUGUAUUCCUGAGUCAGGACACUCAUCCACAAACCCAGAGGAGCCACAUCCAGCAGCUGAAUUAAACUGAGCCCUGCUCAUGGCUUAGGCUGGACUGGGACAUGAAUUUCACUACAGCAUCCUGCUCAGGUGGGGCUGUUCUCUGGAAGAUGUGCUCCUGCUGCACUUGUACCAUGUCCCUGCUGUGCAUGCCCCUGGUGAUGCCCAGCCCUCCCACAUCAGGGCUGUCUGCUGUGCUUGGUGGCAUUGGCAGUGCCCAUGAGGGGCUGGGUGCUGUGGGAUGCAUGGAGCUCUUGGAACCCCCUGCAAUGGGCAGAGACAGGAACUGCUGCCACUGAGGCUGUGAGGGGGAGAGUGGUGCAUGAAGGAGGUUGAAUUUUUAAGCUUUCUGAAGUCUCCAGGAAAUUAUCCCUUCCUAUCAGAAGUCAGGUAGGAGCAAACAUGAAGGGCUGUAUUGACAUCUGGAUUCUGCCACGUGCAGGGGAUGAAUUCAGCUUUCCUUUGGUUGAUUGGUAAGAGAAGCAUUCCCCGCUCCCUCCUGCUCUCUGCUGUCCUCACUGCUGGAUGCAGCUCCACAGCAUCCUGGAGAGUACAGCCAGUGGUGGGGAUGCAGACCUUGUGUAGGGUGCCUUGGGCUGCCUUCUGUGUUCUGGGGCUGCUGAUCCAGGAGGCUGAGCUCCAGCAGGAGCUGCUCCUCUGGUAAAAGUCACUGAAAUAGUCAAACCUCUUCCAACAUUCUUCAAGAAAUGUAAACUCCAACAGACACCAGCUGGUGAUGGCUUCACCAUUGUCCUUCACCAUAUACUGCAGGUACUCAAACUGUGCACCCU